AUGAGCGGGGGGGCUAAGCGCAGUUCUUUGAAUCAAACGUUGAAUGAAAUCGAAAUCGAUUCUUUUUUAGAUAUCCGGAUAGAUGGAUGGAUCUAUCUUUCUAUUCAUAUAUAUUUUGCAAGAAGCCCCAAAUCCUUGAUUUGGCCAGGAAACAAAGCACUGCUUUGGGCCCAGGAAGCGAAGGGAAUGAGCUCGGCUGCUUCUCCUCCACACUUCUUUAUUUCUCCGUGCCCGUUCCGCAUGCGCUUCGCGCGCCAUUGGCGCUUUGCUCUCCUCUUAUUUCUUCAUUGGACGGUUCGGAUGGACUUCGCCGUUCUUUCCCAACGAAAAUGGAAAGGGCUGUAUCACAUCGAGAUGUCGAUUCGUUUUCCGCCCCAAAUGAGAUGGGGAAUUAGUCACCUCUGUCCCUUCAUCUUUCUGAAUUGA